AUGGGCCCGCGCGAGGGCGUCGACCGCGCGCGCGAUCGCGGGACGGUGUGGGCGUCGCGUCAGCGGUCGCGCGCGGUGCGGGGGCGAACGGGCGUCGGGUCGGGUCGAGGCGCGGACGCGGCCGCGGCGGACGAUCGAGGCGCGGGAGCGGUCGAGACGGUGCGUGGGAACGUACACGGUGGGGUGGGUGGUGCGGGGACGCGUCGGCGUUGGCGCAAGGGGUUCUUGGCGCGCGCGGGGGCGGGGCGGGGCGCGACGCGCGAGGCGACGACGCGCGCGCCGAGCGAACGCGUCGUCGCGGCCAAGCUGAUCGCGCGCAGGGGGGAGCGGAAGACGAAUACGAGGCAAGAGGAAGCGGUGAAGCGCUUGGCGAGCGGGACGUGCGCCACGGUGGUCGUGCGCACGAUACUCGCGCCGCUGGAACGGGUGAAGAUUGAAUAUUUGUUAAACGGGAGCAAGCUCAAGCCCGAGGAGCUGGUGCGGGCGAUCAUGCGCAAGGAAGGGGCGCUGGGACUUUGGAAGGGGAACGUGCUGAACAUUGCGCGGACGGCGCCGUUCAAGGCUAUCAACUUUUGUGCGUUUGACACGUAUCGAGAGUUUGUCAUUCGCUCCUUCCCGCCGGGGAGCGACGGGAGAAGGAUCGGAUUGUUAUGCGCCGGCGCCGGGGCCGGGAUGACGGCGGUCGUCACGUGUUUUCCCAUGGAUGUCAUUCGCACGCGGUUGCUCACGACGGGUGGGAAGGAAAAGUAUGGAUCUUUCCUCGCGUGCGUGCGCACCAUGUACCGUCAAGAGGGCACGAGCACGUUUUACCGCGGCAUCACCCCCGCGCUCGUCUCCAUGGUUCCCAACGCCGCGGUGUACUAUAGCAUUUACGACGGCUUAAAGAAUCGUCGACUGGCCCAGCUCAACGCCGAGCUCGCCGAGCAGAAGAAGAGACAAAAGGGUGGGAAACGCGACGACGACACCGAGGUGCGAACCAUCGAGCAAAAGAACAUGAUGCUCUACGGCGCCAUCGCUGGGAUCGCCUCCGAGGCGACGACGUACCCAUUCGAGGUCGUUCGUCGUCGCAUGCAGAUGCAAAGCGGGCGUUCGACCACCGAUCUGGUCAUAGGACGAAAGGCGCUCAUGAGCGUCGUCACUUCGUUUCGCACCGUCGCGAGCGCGACGGGAUGGAAAUCCCUCUACGCCGGCCUCGGUCCGAGUUGCAUCCAGGUCUUACCCUCCGCCGCGCUCGGGUACUACACGUACGAGAUGUUCAAGCUCCUAUUCGACGUCGAUUGA